AUGGACGUGCUCCGGCUGGUGGUGCUCUGCGGGGUGGUUGGCAGCGGAAAGUCGACGCUGGCCUGUGCGAUCGAAGAGGCGGAUCCUGAGCACUGGGUGCGGUGCAAUCAGGACGAGCUCAAGAAGCGCGCCAUUGUGCAACGGCAUGCGAUGAACGCGCUCCAGGAAGGGAAGAAUGUGCUCAUCGACCGCACGAAUAUUGACUAUCGGCAGCGCGCCGAGUGGCUCGAGCUCGCGAACGAGUUCCGUGCGGCGCACCCCGACGGGCCGCGCCUCGUGACGUGCCUCGUGUGGGUGGAUACGCCGAUCGACGUGUGCAAAAAGCGGCUCGCGGCGCGGACGGGCCACCCCACGAUCAAGGACGCACAGAGCGCGAUGCGCCAGAGGGGUUCGAUGGCAUGA